AUGAACACGAAGAGAAAAAGUCGCGCCAACACCAACAGCACCGGGACGAGAGCUCCUCGGGCCAGAGCCUCAUCUUCAGGUGGAAAUGGAGUUAAUGCCCAAGUAUCCGGUGCUGAUGGAAUAUAUUUAAAUGAAACAUUUAUGCAUCGUGUUACUAGUUUAAUUGGACUUGAAGUCGAAAUAGUAACUCAUUCUAAAGAGAUGUAUUCGGGUAUUUUGCGCACAUUCUCUAGCAAUUUUGAUGUUGUAUUAGAACUACCGCACAGGACUGACCCUCCCCCAUCAAGUCAAGCUAUAGGUUUAAAGAUUGUAGCUGAUAAAAUGAUAUUUAAAUUUGACAGUAUAGUUAAAAUUGCUGCAUAUGAAACAGAUUUAGAUAGUAUGACUCGAAAUACAUUCCAAACUGAUACAACUAUUAGUAAAUAUAAUGGACAGCCUUCAGGUGAAAAAGUAUUGGAAAUGUGGGAGCCACCAUCUAUGAAUGGUGAUAUGGAUGACUUUGAUUUAAGUUCUGGAAAUAAUAAUGCUAAUGGUUGGGAUGCUGAUGACAUGUUUAGAAGAAAUGAGCAAGAACAUGGUGUAACAUCAUCUUUUGAUCAAAAUUUAAGUGGUUAUACAACAGAAAUACGAACAGAUUUAUCAAAUUUCAAAAAUGAAGAAGCAAAAGCUGCUCGUUUAGCUCGAGAAAUUGAAAGUAAUCCAAGUUCUCAAAAUAGAGCCAAUUUAGAAAAUGGUGAUGAAGAGGAAAGGUUUGCUGCUGUUUCAAGACCAGCAAGUGAGAUGUCAAAUAAUCACAAUGAUAGCAAGUAUAUGUCUGGACGUCGUAAACCUGGACCACAGCAGCCAGCCAACAGUGCAUAUGGUUUGUUUAAUAGAAACCGUAAACACCCAGAAAAAUAUUCUAGCAGUGGAUCUAAUGAGCGAUGGGAAUGUGUUUCUGGUUCAGGGACAAAAAAUAGCAACCAGAAUCGAGGACAUGCUCAUCAGCAAAAUGGUAACGGCAACGUUGUGAACAAAUCCACUUUGCCUCCUUAUCACAACAGUGCUAAUCAAACAUAUGCUGCCAAUAGUCGUGAAUCACCAGUUUCUGUCAACGGCCAAAGUGAUAAGCGAACAACAGCUCCUAUUAAUAACCGUAGAGAAACUUCUUCUUCUGGUUCAAGACAUGUGUCUGGUCGUAAUAAUUAUUCAUCUAACGACAAUCAAUCCCUACCUUCUUCAUCAAGGUCAUCUCCCCCAACAGUUCAAGGCCAUCACAAUCAAGUAGCAAGUGUACCUCUUCCUAGAUAUCAAACAGCCACUUACACUCAACAGACGAGUACAACAAAUUCUCGUCCUAAUGUUAGUACAUCAUAUGCUGCAGCAGCUGAUAAAUCUGUGCCAAAAACACAACAACCUCCUCCACCUAUUAGAGUAAGGGAUGAAAGUCUUAAUUCUGAACUGAAGCGAUUUAGUACAGACUUUAAUUUAUCUUCGCCAUCCCCACAAAAUAACCCUAGAGUUACUUCACCUGCAUCAGUUGUAUCUGAAAUACCAAAACAGCAUGCUGCUCAAAUACCCCAUUCUGAGCCACCUCCAUCUGUACAGGAAGUACCACACGUACCUGAAGAAGUGACUGAAUCUCCUGUAUCACCUCCACAAACAUUAUAUAAACUUCAAGAAGUGCAGAUUGAAAAAAAUGUAGAAAAUUUAAAAAAAGAUCAAACUGAAAAAACUUUAGAAGAAAAUAUAACUCAGUUGCCAGAUAAAACGGUUGUACAGACAUCAAAGCUCAAUCCUAAUGCCAAAGAAUUUGUUUUUAACCCAACUACUAAACCUUUUAUUCCACGUUCACCUAGUACUCCAAAUUCGUCUAGACCAAUGACCCCUCAAACGCCAACAACAAAUAUAGUUGCUACAACUAAUCAACAUCAACAAAUGAUUCAAGCACAACAUGGACCAGCAAUAGCUAUUCCAGCUGCUUAUCAUCAUCACCAUCAUCAACAUGCACCUGGUACGGGACAGAUGGUUACACAUCAAGCACCACCUCAUCCCCAUCCAGCAUUUACCAUGUUACCUACUGUAUUUGUUACUUCAAAUUCUGCAUUCAAUCAUCAUCCUCACUCAAUGCCCCCACAACCGCCAAAUCAAGCAGGACGAUUCCGUAAAAUGACUGUGGGGAUGUCUCAUAGAAGUGAUAUAGCUUCACAAAUUCAAGUAGCUGCUGCAACUGGACAACCCCUUUUGGCACCAGCGCCACUUCAAGCACAAUUUGCUGUACCAGGAUAUAGUCCUCAACCCAUGCCCACACCUCAAGCUUAUCAACAAGUUCAGAUGGUUCGUAUGGUGCCACAGCAAGGAGGAGGCAUGAUGCCUACUUUAGUGCCUACUUCAAUAGCCUACCAUCCAGCUAAUGCAGGUCAGUUAAGUCAAAUGGAAAGUGGUGUACCCCAAGGUCCACCUUCUUACCAUCACCAUCAUCAUCACCAAGCAUCACAACAUCAUAUAAUGAAUCAACAACAGACUGCUCAGUCUCCAGCACCACAGCCCGGGCCACCACAAACGCCUGGACAGUCUCAAACUCCAGUUAAUUUCCAACAACCUCCACCUCAACAAUCACAACCCCCUCCUUUCCCAGCAGGUACUACAAUUAUGUGUCCUAUUUUGCCGACACCUACUGCAUCGCAACAGCCAUCUGCACCUAAUACACCUGGUUCUGCACCUCCAAUGCAACAACCUCCACCACAGCAGCACCAACAAUAUAUUUCCCAUCCACACCAGCAUCAUCAAGCAGCUUCAGCGCAAGCGCCUCAUGGGCAAUACCAUUUAUAUUCAACCAUUCGGGAGUCAUGA